AUGCAAAGCAGAGGUCCUCCUUUGCAAGACCCGGCACUGGAUAGGCCGAGGUUGAAAACCGACAUGUGCAGAAAUGUCGACCUCCCAAUGUCGGCAUUUGCCAUCAAUCAUUUGGCUAUUAAUAAGCUCGAUGGUGGCCUCCGCCAUCUGCGGCUUCGUGAUGCUAACCAGCUUAUGAAGUAUGACAUUCCAGUUCAUACCGUCGCCCGUCCGGGUUUCAACAACACGGGAAAAGAAGUUGAACUGCAAGUCAAUGCUUUUCCGAUCAACAAGUUCCCGAGCCGUACCGUCUAUCAGUACGAUGUUCAAGUCGGUAGUGGUAUCGAAAAGGCCAUUAUCAACAAGAAGGUUUGGGCUUCUAACGCCAGAAAGGCGGCCCUGAAGGGUAUCAUCUUCGACGGGCAGAAGCUCGCCUGGUCUUUGGUAUACUACCAGGACGGUUUCAAUGAGCUGAUCGACCUAGACGCCGACGCGGGACGGGCCGUCACCGGCAAGGCUGGCAAUACCUUCCGUCUGGUUGUUCGGCCCACUCGAAAGGUCGACCUAUCGGUCUUGAACCUCUGGCUCCAGGGCAAGACGUCCAUGCAGGACGGAGUUCUGGAGGCUCUAAAUUUCCUCGACCACGUUCUUCGAGAACAUCCCACUUCGAAGUUUACAGCUGUCAAGCGCUCCUUCUUCGAUGGAAAGCUGGGAGAACACGACGACAUUGGCAACGGCGUUUUGGCCUUUAAGGGCGUGUAUCAAGCCAUCCGGCCUUCGAUUAAUCGCACCCUGGUUGUCAACGUCGAUGUUUCCAAUACGUGCUUUUGGGCCCGUAUCAGUCUGCAAGGCGCAGCAAUGGCUGUCUGCGACGCCCGAGACCACCAGCACCUUCAGGCCCUUGUUACUCCCGGAGAGGAUCGGAAUGGCAAUCCAACCGGGGACAAUUGGGUCAAUGAACUUGACAAACGCCUGCGCAAGCUCAUCGUGGCGCCGUUCUACACAGGAUGCCCUGUUCAAGGCCAGCCUUUCACCAUCAAGAGCAUUAUCAAGGCCAAUGCGCGCACUUUUAAGAUCGAUGUCAAGGAUAAAGCGACUGGGAAGACGGAGAACAUGAGCGUGGAGGCAUACUUCGAGCGCAAGUAUAACCUGACUCUCUUCAACUGGAAACUGCCAAUGGUCGAAAUGACGAAGAAGGGCGUCUACUACCCCAUGGAGAUUUUGACUAUCGUGGGCCUCCAGCGAUAUCCCUGGAAGUUGAACGAAUGGCAGACAUCUCAGAUGAUCAAGUAUGCCGCGUCUCGCCCGCAGGAGAGGCUGAAAACCAUUCUCAAUUCCAAGGCAAUGCUUGCUCACUCCGCGGAUCCAGUCCUUAACGCCUUUGGUCUCCAAAUCGGUGACACCAUGAUCAAGACCAAGGCUCGCCUUCUUCCUAGCCCUCACAUCCUGUUUGGGAACAACCAGCGCGUUGACCCCGGGACCAAUGGCCGGUGGGACCUUCGUGGAAAGAAGUUCUAUGCGCCGAACAAGAAGCCCCUCGAGUCUUGGGGAAUUGGUGUCUUCCCGGGAAGACGUAACCCAAUUUCCAAGGCCAGGGUGGACGCAUUCGUUGAUGUUUUCAUGAAAACUUACGCCGGACAUGGUGGUCACAUAACGCGCCGCCCGGUAGUUGUUGAGCUCAAGGAAGACAUUGGGGAUGCGAUUAAGAAGUUGCAUCAGAUUGUUGGGAAGACAAUGAACUUGAAUCCCCAGCUACUGUGUUUCAUCGUCCCGGACAAGAACUCCUUCACCUACACAAGGAUCAAGAAGUCGUGCGACUGCCGCUGGGGUGUGCCCUCACAAGUCAUGCAGGCGGACCAUCUCAACAAGCCCAACGGGGUCAAUCCGCAGUAUGUUUCCAACGUGCUGAUGAAAAUUAAUGCCAAGCUUGGGGGAGUUACAGCUCGUGUCGCAUCCAGGGUUUCCGGCGCAACCCUGCGGCCCCAGUCCAUGAUCAUCGGCGCCGAUGUGACCCAUCCUCCCAUGGGUGUCUGGUCUCCCUCAAUGGCGGCCAUUUCUGUUUGCAUGGAUUCCUUCGGAGGCAGCUACUGGGGUGCUUGCGAAGGCAACAGCGAUCGCGUGGAAAUUAUCGCGCGGACCAACAUUGAGUUCAUGCUUAAGCCCCUUGUUCGCGAGUGGAUGUCCACAGUUGGACUAGGACGCGCGCCCGACAAUGUUUAUUAUUUCCGCGACGGUGUUUCUACCGGCCAAUUCGACGCGGUGCUGAGCCAGGAGGUGACGGACAUGAAAGGCGUCUUCAUGUCGUUAACUAACGAUCAGUGGAAGGGCAAAUUUACCGUUGUGGUUGCUAAUAAGCGUCACCAUCUCAGGGCCUUCCCUAAGGCAAAUGACCGCAGCUCUGGCGAUCGUAAUAACAACCCUCUGCCUGGGAUCCUUAUCGAGAGGGAUAUAACCAGUGCACAUGACUACGACUUCUUGUUGUACUCGCACAUUGCACUUCAGGGAACCUCGCGGCCAGUUCACUACCAUGUGAUUCUGGACCAGAUUGGGCACAAGCCUCAUGAGAUUCAGAACAUGAUCUACGAUCAUUGUUAUCAGUACAUCAGAUCCACCACGUCGGUGUCUCUGUACCCCGCGAUUUACUAUGCCCAUAUCAUUGCUAACCGCGCCCGCUCGCACGAAAAUGUGCCCGCCAGCUCUGGGCCACAGAGUGGUAAUCAGAUCAAGCUUACCAACCCAAAGCCGGCCAAUCGUCCUUUGGACGCGAAGCUACUCCCCAUUUGGAACAACGUCAACCGACUGCCUUUCACGAUGUGGUUCAUUUGAACGGGAGUUGUCCACGGUGGAGAGCGAUCUUGGUAACUCUUUUUUCGAUUAUUCCCAGCGACGUCCGGCAUGUCGACUGGUGGUUCUCGCUUGCUAUUUAGUACUCGGACUGUGAC